CUUCAAAAUCAGCUGUAAUGUCAUUUACGUCAAAGUAAACAAAAUAAAAGGCAAUAAUUUCAACAUUAAAUUAAAUACAGGUGAAAUACAGACUGUUUAUAUAACGAAAAUGCCAUGGAUCUUAGAGGGAAAAUUAUAUUAACAGAAGAACACUACUGAAUCAUGGCUGCAGCUUUCCAGCAACAGAUAUUUGCGCUUGACGCGCGGUUCAAUGCAUACAGGGCUCCUGGGAACCCUAACUUUAGUGAGUUUCAACACAAAGAGGUUUUCAGGACUGAUAUUAAAUGAAACAUUAUACAUUCGCCGAAGAAGCCAACUCCUCAGAGAAAAUGCGAAAUUUAAGGACAUAGACACUAUUAAAAAAUAUAUAAACAUAAGAAGUCAACUGCUGCAGAGAAGAUAUGGAGUUCAGGACAACAUAUCCAUCAGUUCAUCAUCUUCAUCACGCCAGAGGUCUAGCAGUAAAGCAAGCUUGGCAAUAGAAGAAAGUAUUACUAUCAAUACAUCUAGUGCAUCCAAAAAGAGUGACAAUACAAUAUCGGAAAAUUAUGCUUUCACUGGAGUUCAUCAUAUAUUUGAUCAGCACACAAGUCAAGUGAGUAUGGUGAAGUUUGCAAACAACGAUCGCUCAAAACUGUGCUGCGUGUCUCAUGAUGGCACAGUCUCAGUUUGUGAUGUCACAUCUAAUCCACCAAGAGUCUCCUUCAUUCUGCAGGGACACACCCAGCCUGUUACUGGCUGCGACUGGUCGGCCUCCAACGAGCUAGUAGCGACAUGUGCGCUGGACGGCAUGCUGCUGGUGUGGGACGCGACGGCGCGGCGCAAGCUGCGCGCCGUGCAGGACCAGCUGGGCGCGCCGCUGCUGUGCUGCGCCUUCCAGCCCGCCAACAACAACAUGCUCAUUGCCGGCAACGCAAGAGGAAUGGUGGAAAUUCUCAACGUUUCUACAGGAAUAUAUCCCAGAGGCGGGAGCAGCGUCCUGGGCGGGCGCGUGAUGGCGAUAGCGUGCGCCUCCAGCGGCAGGAUAUUCUGGGCCGCCAAUGAUAAGGGAAUGAUCGUGAGUUACCGCAUCUCGGGCACAGGCGGGUCGCUGAGCAAGCUGCGGCGCUGCAGCGUGGGCGGCGCCGUCACCUGCCUCAGCUGGAGCCCGUGGCUGGCGCGACACCCUGCGCUGCUCGUCAGCGUGGCCGACAACUCGCUAUACUUGUUCAGGAUAACAGACCGUGAAGGCAGUCUGGUGCUAAAGAAGCGGUUCGGCACGCGGCACGAGACGGAGCUGGUGCGCUCGUCGUUCUGCCCGCUGAUGUCGUUCCGGCGCGGCGUGUGCGUGGUGAGCGGCUCGGAGGACGCCGCAGUCUACUUCUAUGACAUCGAGGGCCAUCACCAACACCCCAUCGUUAACAAACUCCAAGGUCAUGCGUCCCCCGUGCUAGGAGUCAGCUUCAGCUACGACGAGAGCCUGCUCGCGACCAGCGACGUGUCGGGGCUGGUCAUCAUCUGGCGCCGCAGCUGACCGAGAGUGCCGCACACCUUCCAGCACUUCCUCACUGGACUGUAGCCACUGACCGACACUCGGCCAACGUUGACAGAGCAACCGUGCUAGGAGUCAGCUUCAGCUACGACGAGAGCCUGCUCGCGACCAGCGACGUGUCGGGGCUGGUCAUCAUCUGGCGCCGCAGCUGACCGAGAGUGCCGCACACCUUCCAGCACUUCCUCACUGGACUGUAGCCACUGACCGACACUCGGCCAACGUUGACAGAGCAACCGUGCUAGGAGUCAGCUUCAGCUACGACGAGAGCCUGCUCGCGACCAGCGACGUGUCGGGGCUGGUCAUCAUCUGGCGCCGCAGCUGACCGAGAGUGCCGCACACCUUCCAGCACUUCCUCACUGGACUGUAGCCACUGACCGACACUCGGCCAACGUUGACAGAGCAACCGUGCUAGGAGUCAGCUUCAGCUACGACGAGAGCCUGCUCGCGACCAGCGACGUGUCGGGGCUGGUCAUCAUCUGGCGCCGCAGCUGACCGAGAGUGCCGCACACCUUCCAGCACUUCCUCACUGGACUGUAGCCACUGACCGACACUCGGCCAACGUUGACAGAGCAACCGUGCUAGGAGUCAGCUUCAGCUACGACGAGAGCCUGCUCGCGACCAGCGACGUGUCGGGGCUGGUCAUCAUCUGGCGCCGCAGCUGACCGAGAGUGCCGCACACCUUCCAGCACUUCCUCACUGGACUGUAGCCACUGACCGACACUCGGCCAAUGUUGACAUCUGGACAGAGCAACCGUGCUGGGAGUCAGCUUCGGCUAUGACGAGAGCCUGCUGGCGACCAGAGACGUGUCUACCCAGAGUGCCGCACACCUUGCAGCACUCCCUCAGUGGACUGAAAGCCUUAACAAAUACUCAUUCGUAAGAGUAUUCGUUAAGGCUGGCGUGCGUGCGUGUUCCAAUGCAUUGGCCCAACGCGAUCGAGACUAUUUUUAUCAACCGUAUUAAAUUAUUUAUCACUAAUCAUAUAGUUUGUAGUUUUAUUCUUAAGUUGAUUUCAAACUACGGAAUAUUAUAGAUUAUAUAAAUAUCGCUCACCCUACUUUUAAGCGAUAUUCAUAAUAUAUUAUAUUAUAUUUCCGUAAUUUGAAGGUAACUUCAGACACUGAAAUUAACUCAGAGCGAGAUCUAUAAAGCACUUUGACUUUGCUCAGACUUAAGACAGCUAAGAGAGUUAAAAUGAGAUAGGUUUAUGUCCGACACUGAAGUCUGUCUCGUGUUAACUCUGAGAUUGAAAUCUAUAGAGCGCACAUUGAUUUUGCUUGGACUAAAGUUUCAGUUAAAACGAGACAGAUUUUUGGCAGCGGUGUAACGCUGCCUCGUUUUAAUAAUGUAUUAUGGCUGAGCAAAGUCAAAGUGCGCUUUAAAGAUCUCAGCCUGAGUGUCAAAGGCGGCUGAGGUCUACAAAGGUUCUUUGACGAAAACUUUGAGUUAAAGCGAGAAGGAUUUAUGAUCUGUCUUGUUUUAACUCUCAGUAUGCCAUAAUAAGGACCCAAAGUACGCGUUAGGCUGAGAUCCAUAGUGCGUACUUCUGUCUCUUUUGAGGCUGGCUCUCUUACUUCUGUCUCUUUAGUGUUAUUGCUGUACUUAUAGUUCUUCUAUUCUUUAGAAAACCUUUAAGCUGAGAUUAGCAUAAAUGUAAAGGAAACUUAAAUCUGAGCAAAAUCAAAGUACGCUAUUUAGGCAUUCCUUGAGUAGUAUAAGUACUUAUUGUAAUUAUAUCGAUAUCGAAUUGUUAUAUUUCAAAAAUAAAAUUUGCUUAUGGUCUCCAUAACCAUCCAUGUGGUGAUGAAUUCACUCAUAUUUAAUGUGUAAAUUGUAACUUAAAAUAUGAAUGAAAUAAAAGGCAUAUAAAGUCACAAUUUUAAUUAUUUAUUUUUUCAUAUAAAUACUUUCAUCAAAUACAGUCAUCAUAUUAGUAUGAAAAAAAUACUGAAUUCCAUAUAUACGUAAAUAACAACUUAAAAAUUAAUCAUUAUUAAUUAUUCAUUUAAUUGGACAAUUCAUUCAAAUAAUUCCUUGUUAUCAUGUAAAGGUAAUCUAAACAAAUCCAUAGAUUCAUAAAAUUAGAGAUAUUCUCAAACUGAUUAGCAUAAUAUAAUUUAGAAAAGCUAGUAAUAUUACCGAUCGCAGGACCAUAGACUAAAAAAAAGUCCCUCGUAGAAGAUAUCUUUCGAACUAACUUCAGCUUCUAAAACCUAACCUACCGUGUAAUUUCAACGAAAUGAACAUCUACCGCGUAUAUACACCUGUACAUUAACGAAACAUCUCUAAAAACUGUAAAAAAUAUAAGUUCAGAACAAUUAAACACGUACGAAUAAUAAAUUUUAAUAAUUAAAAAAAAAUCAUCCAAUAACUUUUAAAAUUAUAUUUACAGCAGUAUAGUGCGCGCAAAACAAGUAGUUCUAUCUGAAUACGAGGCGUACGACUGCGCGUUGUACAAAAACAGAUUCAACCGAGUUUGUCCUUCCUUAGUCUAUGACCUGCACAGACCCCUAUGUUGAUUUCAUUUUGGUCUCAGAUUGGUCUCCUUGUUUUGCGAUCACUGUAACUAAACAACUAAAAUGCGAUGAUAUGGAAAUGAGAAAAAUUGCACAUGAGGCUCACACACUUGGACGAAUUGCAUAAUAUUCGAUGACUCGGCGCCACGAUGCAAAACAUUACAAUCAUUCGGUGCACAAUUGAUUAAAAGUUGCAUUUAUAUACCCUUUUGUUAGUUAAUUUUGUUGUAGUGUUAUUCUAGAUCUAUGGCGUGCUGUUAGUAUCGAGGUAAGGCGUAAAGUUGUAUAGAGGUAUGUACCUAAUGUAAUGUGAUAGUACUAAAUAUGUUGUGCCGCCGAGGUUUCCGCAAAUACGCAAUGUUGACCUGCCACCACCAUUCAUACAUCUAAAACACUUACCUAAUAUAAAAUUUUACUUAAUAUAGAAAUUGGCUUUGAAUUUAGAACGUUCAAUAUUUACGGGCGCAACCCAACCAUGGCUCGAGUAAACAUUGCUAAAUGGUACACUAACAGCAGAUGUUAAUAAAAUCAACCUAUCUGUAAUUUGUCGAAAAGUAACUCAGCAACCUUG